AUGGCGCUGAUCAACCCAGCAGAAGCAUCGCAGCCCCUAGAUCACACCGACGAAGAACCAAUCCCUCUCAAAACUCGCAGAAUUCACACCUUUUUUGAACCCCUCUUAUUACUCGUAGCCCUUGUCGACGCCGUCCGAAACACGGCCGGGCCACGGCCCCCCGAGCCAGAGACUGACGUUCAGGAUCCCACACAGCUCUUCUGCGCCUUCGUCAACAAGCUGGGCCACGUGUGCGACAGAGAAAAGGGCGGCAAGACUGUCACUUCAUUUAUCGUCCUUCGUGACGGAGCCGAUCCUCAGCAGGCUCACUAUGUCUUUGCCAUGAAUAAGCAGAGCGAUGACCAGCUGCAGAGCACGAGGACGUAUGUCAGGACGCUUCUCCGCAAGGUUGGCCAAGCGCCCGAAGGUCAGCAAAACCAGCAUGAUGCCAGACGUUGGCUGUUGUUCCACAUCUUGCGGUUCAAUCGGCCCCGGGUCAUGAUUUACCUGAAGAAGCUUCGGGCCCAGGCUGCAUCUUGCCUUGAGAAAUGCCAGGCUGAUGCGACGGAAGAGAACAAUAUGAUUGCGGAACAGUUGAUGGACAUUCUUGAUAUCCCCGAAACUGAGACUGACCUUGUUUGUACCCAAGAUAUCAACAAGUGCGAAGCAACGAUGCAGCUUCUCUUUCGCAUAGAUCGCUCUCCAGCAGGCAAACUCAUAGAGGACCGCGCCCUAGAAGAUCGCAUGGUCGGAUACAACAGCAUGGAAUGCUGGUCCAAGCUCCUCCACAUGAUACGGCGCAUCCUCGCCUAUCAGCAGUCCGUCCAGUUCUUCCUGCGAGCCAAGGAGAAGUGGCCCAGCCUCUUCCAGAACCCAACCGUCGACUUCCUCGCGUCCAGCCGGCCGGUGCCGAAGCCGAUCCGGAACAAGAGCCUCUUUGCCGAGAACAUCGUCGGCCGCAUGACGAGCGACCAAGAGGUGAUGAGGGUCUUCAGGCAGUUUACGCAGGAUCUUCAGGCCUUUGAUUUGGACAAACGUCUCGAGCAAGAGUAUAAGAGAGAGACAUUCAAGCCGACUGUCCAUGCCGAGGUGCUCCUGCUGGACUGGGUCUGGAAGCAGAGCAAGAUUGCACCCGUGAGCUUCUUCAACGGCUGCAAGUACAUUGGCAGCAGCAAGCCAACGUGUAAGCUGUGCGACUAUUACUUCCAAGGUCACAGGUUGAACAUUGGGCAUCGCAUGUCGCAUGGGAACCUUUAUUCCAGCUGGCGCGUCCCUGACGUGUUUCCAUCCCAAGGCGAGGCGGCGUUGCACGACAGACAGGUCAUGUUGAACGGACUCCUGGAGAGGGUCCGCAAGGAGGCGUUUGACCUUGUCAGCAAAAAGGCCGUGCCGAGCGUCAAGGUGGAUGAUUCCCUGACUGCCUCGGCUCGGAUGACGCUGUGGGAGGUUCGGUCUCUGCACGGCUCCAAUACCGAGGUUGACGUUGAUGAUAUUGCAUCGAUGCUGGGAGAGGUCGAUCUCAGCUAA